GCCGGGGAGCACACGUUGUGCAACUAUUAUAUAACGCUAUUGUCUCACUUUUAUUAGUUGAACAACAGUUUUUUUAUCAUCAAAACUCACAUAUAAUUAAGUUACAAAGAUCAACGUUGUUUUGGGCUAAUUUCCCAAGAAAAUGGAAAAAAUUACACAAUCUGCCAAAGACUUGCUUCACAAAAUAGCAAAAGAACAGAAGUUUGUCGACUACAACCUGGACAUCAAGGAAAUAUCGAGUGGAGGAGCGAACUAUACAUCCAAGUUGUUUGCAGUGUCCAUCAUUGAAGGUUCCAACACACUGCAGCUGUUCUGCAAAGUGGCAGCUAUAGGCAAGAAGAUGCGAACUCAACUAUCUAGGAUAUAUGAGACUGAACAUUUCUUCUACACAAAUCUCGGGAAAACAUAUCGAAAUAUUGAAGACCUGUGUGGAAUAUCAGAUGAACAUAAACUAAACAUCAGCAAGUACUACGGAAGUAUCACAAAGCUAAACGAAGAAGUGAUGGUGCUGGGGGACCUCACGGCAGCCGGGUACGAGGCUUACGACAGGUUCAAGUCGAUAGACUGGCCGUACGCGCAGGCAGCGACCCGGGAACUGGCCAAGUUGCAUGCAUGCGCCUGGGCAUACUGUGAACAGGAUCCCGAAGGGUUUGAAGAAGUUAUAAAAAUGUUGACAGUUGAUGUUGACAUAGACGAUACUGACAUGAAAAUGUAUAUUAUCAAAAUUAUAGGAAAAGCAAUUAAAACUGUUCGAGAUGAACACAGAAGUAAAUUGCAGCAAUAUUUCGAAUCUUUCGACGUGGACACAUAUACAACAGUCCAGAAAAGAAGCCGACGGCUGGUACUGAACCACGGAGACUUCAGGCCCAGUAACUUGAUGCACAAGACUCUUCACGACGGCUCAGUAGAUGUUAAGAUCGUAGACCUUCAGACAUUGCAGUGUGGCAGCCCUGUCAAUGAUCUAAUAUUCUUCAUCUUCACUGGCUCCGACGAGACGUUCCGUGCGCAGUACUUCGACAAGCUGCUGGACCACUACUAUACAGAGCUCAGUGCCGCCAUGAAAAGACUGCAGCUCACCCCUGACGAGACUUUCUCUAGAGAAGACUUCGACUUCGAAAUGAAAGAGAAACUACCAUAUGCAUUGUCCCAGGCGGUAUUCACUCUGCCGGUCGUGACAGUAGAGGUGGAGCACGCUCCUCAAGUGGAUGAGUCCUUCGACAUCUCCAAGUUCAACGUGGAGAACACCAGCGACCUGUACGCAGAGAGACUGAACGGAGUUGUAAACGACUACGUCAAGUGGGGGAUUCUUAAAUAAAUCUAUACACAUGGACAACUUUAUUGCUACAUAUCAUAGACACCUAUUUUUAUAACCCACCAACCCAAUUGAGCUCAGCUAUGAUUCAAAAAGAAUAUCCGGGAAUUAUUAAGUUAAGAUAAAAGGAUUUUUGAACUUUUAAAAAUGUAGAUUUUAUACUUACCUAUCGAUUGUA